AUGUUUGUGGCUAGGAAAGUUGCAUCACCAUGUUUUAGCCGGAUUUUGAGCCGUGAUUAUCACAAACUUUGGAGGCCACUGAAGCAGUGUUGUCAAAUAACUAGAGCACCGUCUUUUCGUGAUGGUUUGGAUAGAUUUAACGCAGGAACUGAGCGAUACACCCUAGGGUUUCGUCAUACAAUAUGCACUUCCUCAGCUGAUCAUCUUUCAUGGAAGGAGAGGUGGUGAAAAAUUUCUUUAUUUUUAGAAUUUUAACAGGGAACGUUUUAUUAAUACUCUCUAAUCAUUAGGCACAGAUCAUUUAUACCCACAAAUUCUCCCCUCCCCCCCCCCCCCCCCCCCCCCCCCCCCCCCCAAAAAAAAAGGGGUUUUUUUUUUUUUUUUUUUUUUUUAAAAAAUUUUUUUUUUGUGGUUUUUUUUUUUUUUUUGUUUGUUCUCCCCAAAAGGUUAUUGUUUUUUUUUUUUAAGUGGUGUAUGUAGAGAGAGGAGAAACAAAAGCACCGAAAGCAGGUGUGUAUAGUAGGUUUUGUUUUUGUGAUUGUCAUACAAAAUGAACUUUCCCAUAUGAGUAUCUUUCAUAGAGAGGAGGUUGGUGAAAAAUUUUUUUUUUUUUAAAAUUUUAAAAGGGAAACUUUUUUUAAAACUCUCUAAUCCCCAGGCCCCGAUCAUUUUUACCCCCAAAAUUCCCCCCCCCCCCCCCCCCCCCCGAACUACCUACCCAUAAAGUCAGUGGACCUUUUUUUAUAAUAUAUUGUUGAAGAAACGUUUUUCAUGUGGACCUUUUAUAUUAUCAGGAUUGAUUCCCCAGAUAGUGAUCUAGUGUUAUUUCCAAGAGGGUAUUCGAAGGCACAGAGUUCAAACAGCCACAGCUCCAGGUGAGUAUUAAAGUUUGUUACUUUGAGCAGUCAAUGAAAAGUUCAAAGGCUGAUGUUCUCCCGGCAUUAACUGAUCUUUUAUAGUGGACAGUCAUCAGAAGGAGCUAGUGGAAGUGGGAAUGAUGAUGGAGAUGGUGGUGACAAGAAAGAUGAUGGAGCUGAGGUUGUGAUAGAGGACAAGGCGGGGGUUAAGGUAGAUCCAGCCCAAGGGGCACUGGCACAGGUCAUGGUCCCAGAUGUGUUCCCUGAAGUGCCUGUGUUACCUGUUCACAGGAAUCCAGUCUUUCCAAGAUUUGUCAAGAUGAUGGAGGUUUGUAGAUUUUAACCCUUUAAGCCCCAGUAUCCACAUAAAAAUUCUCCGAACUGACCUCCAUACAUUUCCUUUAAGAAUUAGUUGAGAGAAUUUAAUAAAACAUCAAGGCAUUUUCUCUUUCGUAAUCAUUUUUUAUAUUCUCACAACCUCAUCUCUUGACAAUGCAUGGACAUUGUUAGGAGGAAAUUGCUGUUGCUCACUAUUGGGACUUAAAGGGUUAAGCAAUGUCACAGGGUCUUUUACCUUACCUUCCAGCUGAUGUGAAAGGAUGAAGGAGAUAAGGCCAACAGCUCAAUUAUGUCACCACCCAAUGAUGCUAUCAUCUGAACCGAAAAUGAGUUUAAAUUACAGCGAAUUUGAUCUCACCAGUUUUUUUAAGACCUUGGUUGGUGUUUUAAUUAAUAGCCUGGCACUCAACAGACUGGCACUCUCCCAAUAUGUCUGAGGACUUUGUUAUCAAGGUUCCACUGUAUUAGCAAAAUCUAAUGUAAGGAAUUUGUCCUUACUAGAUAACAGACAAGGAUCUCAUGGAGCUGAUCCGAGUAAAGUCAAGGUUAGCUCAGCCGUAUGCUGGGGCUUUCCUGAAAAAAGAAGACAGGUUAGUGGACAAGAGUGAGACCAGCUCUAACAAGUCAGCAAUGCUGUAUUCAUAAAUUAUAAAAUAAAGGGCGUUUUUCAUUCAACAAAAAUUCCUUGUGAGAUUUCCAAAAUUCCAUGUGCCCAUGAAAUGGUACAUUCCGGUUGCACAGACCUGACCUAAGCCACCAUGUAUUUGGUUAUUGUACUUUUAAACAAGAUACAGAAGAGCGAUACUGGGGACAACAAUUUGGUCAAAUGGAAAAGGACCGACCAACCGGAUUGACUGGACCGGUCAAAGUGGGCCAUCUUCCAAGGAGGUCCCUAAUAUUCUGGUCAGACAGAACCAAAAUGGCCCAUUCCUUUUGAUUUGUAAACAAAAUGUCCACAGUGUUGGGCCGAAUUGAAAAUGCCCAAAAGCUCUGGUUUUUGAUAACUUCUUGGUGGUCUCUCUACCAGACUGAGUGCUCAGUUGAAAAACUUGUGGGGUAAAAAUAACCAUUAGAUAACUGUGUGUUGAUUGCUUGUGUCUUAUGAUAAGUCACUUUGUUAUUGGUUGCAAUAUUUCAGCUGGAUGCUGUUCUUCUUCAUGAAACAAUGUUAAUCUACUGAGUGAGACCAUUACAAACUGUAGUAACACAGUGGUUGCUUAUAGUUUGUUGUUAAUAGUCUCGGACCAUAAAUUCACACCAUCACCUGAUGAGGUCCAGAGGAAGACAUAGACAUCACAAACAAAAAGAACAUGGCUAUUGUGACUUACAUCGUCCUUAUUUACCUGUGACAGUCGGUAGACUGUUCACUGACAGAUUUUCAGGCUUUUAUGAAGCAGAUAAAUGCACGUCACUCCACAUUUUCUAGAUUGCAUGUCAACCAAUUUCAUUUUUCUUUUGUAGUAAUGAGGCAGAAAUCAUCACCAGUCUGGAUGAUAUCUAUCAAGUGGGUUCUUUUGUUCAGAUCACUGAGCUGUAUGAUACUGGUGAUAAAAUCAGGAUGGUCAUUCUUGGUCACAGAAGGUUUACAUAACAUUGUUGGUUAUAGACAGUUUAGUAAUCAUUGUGUCAAUGUUCUCCAGAAACUCCGGCGGCCAGCAAAAAUCAUUUUGCAUUUGCCAUGAAAGCACCAGCUACUCAAACAAAUCAUUUUUUUAAGAGGUGAAAAUAAAGUGUAUGGUAAAAAAUAAAGCAAAUGUAUGAAAUAAAGUUGCCACUACCAUGGCUAAAAUUCUUUAACUGGUCGCUCAAAAUGCAAUGAAAUGGACUUUUCAGAGCUCAGGGUUUGCAAAUUUUAUUGAUGAGUGGAGUCACUGUGACUUCUGCUUCACAAAUUUUGGAGUCAUUUUGGAAUAUUUGGAGUCAAGUAUCACAACGAAAAAAGCCAUUUUCAGACUUUCCAGCACGUGGUCCUGGCAUGUUUACAAUAUCGUGAGGGAUACACAAAGUAGCUGUGUCGGUCCGCUGACCUGGAAAGCUAAAAUCCAUGAUGGCGGUCAUCGAGUAAACUUUGAUCGUAAUUUACCCUCUUCCUGUUUUGUUGUGCAGUAUAAUUCUUUAAUUUUGAUGAUUUAAUUAAGGUUUACAACGUUUACAAUUAACGCAAAUUGUAUUUGUUGCGAAAAAGAUAAGGACAAAACUGUGUUUGUUACCGAGAAUUUCUGGAGUCGAAGUGGCUCCCUGUUUGUUACCGAAAAUUUCUGGAGUCGAAGUGACUCCCUCCGUAACCUCAGUGGAGUCAUCUGAACAAUUUUGGCGUAAAAUACGCCAAAUUUGGCGUAUUUGCGAACCCUGAGAGCUUAUUGUGUAACUUUUCACAGAGCAUGAGGUAUGGGGGCUAAACCCCCUGACAUACCUAACACCACCUUGAAGAUAAGUGGAGCGAAAGGCUUUUCGCUCCUUUUGAUUUUAUACUCUAUUGCUGCCUACUUUAAUUUUCUCUGCCUCUGCUCUACAUUUUUGGAGAACCCUGAUUGUAUGUUUAUAGACUAUAUAUAUGAAUUAUUUUCAGGAUAAAAAUAACAGACACCAUUGAAUAUUCACCUCAUACUGAGGAGGAGAAGACAGAACCUGUUGCUGCAGUGGAUCUUCCUUUAGAUUCAUCUUCAGAAGACACCACAAAAAAGAAACCAAUACUUAUGGUUAGAGUGGAAAAUGUGCUGCAUGAACCAUUCAAGCUCACAGAUGAAGUCAAGGUAAUUUAUUGACAAAUGAGUUUUAAAAAAUGCUUCCCUUUUUUGAGCUUCUCAUAAUUUAUCAGUUGUUUAAGGCAUACCCAAGGCUGGGUACCCUGUGCACAGAGUCUCCUUUUGUCUUCUUGAGUGAGGAGGAAAAAAGGUGGCUCCUCCUAAAUCGCAUCAAGCCUUUGAGGUCUUUCGCAGCUCAAACUUCUUGACUAGUCAAUCUUGUUUUCUCUUGUCAAAUUGUUUUUUUGAGUGCGAUCAUCCAUUAUUGAUAAACCAAUGGUCAUAAGUGAGUCCGCUGUAGCAAGCGCAUGGCUAUUAGACCUGGGUUUAAAACUAUAUCUCAGCAACAUGCUGCACAUGCUUAACAGAGAUCUCACUCAAUUCCUGCAGAGUCUUUCUUGAGAAUGCAGAAAUCAAGCAAGCAAAAGAAAAACCUAAUUCAUAUCCACUAUCCUAAGUGGACAGCUCUACUUACAGCCACCUUUACAAAACCCUGUUUUACCAUGUGGCACGAAAAUUUUGCCGGAGUUUUAUUUUGCAGAUUGGCGAUUUUUUGUGGUUUGCGGGAACAAAUUUUUGCCGUUCGAGAUGACUGAAAUUUCUGGUGGGAACUAAUUUUUGCAACUCUCUGUUCAAGUAGCAGAAUAUUUAAGUGGAAGAAACCUUAAUAUGGUAUUUUCAACUUUUAUUUUACGGUAUGUUGAGUCAAAGUUCACUCUACUUACAUAUUUAACGGAGAAUAAUACGGUAAUCACUGUAAUAUCUUACUCCACAAAGGGACUGAAUAACAGCAAAACAAAACAAAAGCCUAUCCCUAACAUACACAACAAGUCCAUUAAAGGCAGAGUUUUUUAAUUUGAGUGAAGGGAGUUAAUUUUUGCAGCGUUUUAUUUGGCGGGUUUUUUUUUCUGCGGGAACUAAUUUUUGCGGAUUGAGGUCAAUCUGCAAAAUUCGCAAAAAUUAGAACCCGCAAAAUUUUCAUGCUACACGGUACUCAACUCCCAUACAAAACUCUGUGGCCAACCCCAGUUAUGGACACCUUUUUUGCGUUCCGAGGGUGUCUGCUUACCAGAGCUUUCACUGUAGUUUUACCUCAUGACCUCUGCAGUUGGUUAACCUCAUACAGUUAUUACAGGCAUAACAUUUUUUGCAGUGUAUAGUAAGCAACUCCAUACAAAAUAUUGUAAUUUAUUAUUUGUGGAAUUAUAUAUGUGUAAAGAAAAAUAAUAUCUUACAUUAAAUCCUCAGGCAUUAACAGCUGAAGUGAUCAAAACUAUUAGAGAUAUAAUUUCACUGAACCCUUUGUACAAAGAGUUUCUGGCUCAGCUCAUUGAAGGUGGGAAGAGAGUAGCAGACAACCCAGUUCAUUUAGCAGAUUUUGGUGAGUAAUGAGUUAGAUUUUAGGGAGUGAUUCUGUAAACUCCUGCUUGUAAGCCCCCAUACAUGUAAGUUAUAGGCCCAUCUUCUCGUAAACAAAAUAAUACAUCCAGUUAUAAGCCCGCCAGAAGUUACAGGUCAAGUUUGAUUUCGGGUUGAAUUUCUUUUAACCUAGGUUGAUUCUCAGUCUUUUGUCUUCUAGGGCUAGGAGACAAUGGAAAUUGAAAAUCAACCUAAGUUAAAAAAUAAUUUAACCUGAAAUCAAAUUUGACUUGUAAUUUAUUAAUAUUUACAAUGUAAUUCUGACACAUUUUUUGAGUGUUUUUCUUGAUUUUGUUUUGACAUACAUGUAAAUUAAAGGUGCUGCACUGACCAGUGGUGAAACACAACAGCUUCAGGAAGUUUUUGAAGAAACCAAGAUUCCUGUGAGAUUACGCCUUACUCUUGAACUGCUGAAGAAAGAACUGGCCGUCUGUUUGUUGCAGCAACAACUAGGCAAGGAGGUGAGGAUCAACUAAAAACAAAAGUGACCAGUUUCUUGCAGGACGAGUCAUUAACUGAUUUGGUGAUUUGCAGCCAAGGAAGAGCAACUUCUACAUUUUUUUAAUACUUACAUGCAUGUAUGCACCAUGUACAAAACCUUCCUUGAAUUAUUUCUAACUUCUUGGAAAAGGCUAAAGCCCUGUCCUGGUCUACCUUAAUUUCAUAGUUGAGAAAGAACUUUUUUUUUAAUAUUAAUUUUAUUGUAUUAUCUGUCCUUUGUAGGUAGAAGAAAAAGUCAACAAACAACAAAAGAAAUUCCUGCUUCAAGAACAGCUAAAGAUAAUCAAACGAGAACUUGGCUUAGAGAAGGAAGACAAGGAUGCUGUUGGAGAGAAAUUUCGUGAGAGAAUAAAAGAUUUGAAUGUACCUAGACAUGCUGAAGAAGUCAUUGAAGAAGAACUGACUAAAUUAGCCUAUCUUGAUGCACAUUCAUCAGAAUUUAAGUGAGUUCAAAUUAAUUAGGACCUUUGCAUUACUUUUUUAUAGGUUGUUUAUGUCAAAAUCUCAUAAAUCUCGACGUAAGCCUGCGGAAAACUUUGAAUCUGACCAAUAAGCAUAUAAACCUUGAUUUGAAAUUUGUCUCUGAAACCAAAUAGAUUCACAGUAAUAUAGCAAAGUAAACUUUUACAACAGACUUUAGCUAAUUCUUGGUUAUAUCUUUUUGAUUAUGUUCACUGCAAUGUACAUGUGUACCUUCAAAAUCAAAAUACUUUGAAACAGAUUUCCAUCAGUGAAACCAUGCAGAUGUGAACAGUGCCGCUACCUUAUAUGGAAAUUUGGUUGUCAAAACACAACUUCACAUUCAUGGAAAACAUUGUUAUCAGUCAAUGUGAAGUCUGUCAUGUUUUUGGCAACUCAGUUUCAUUAUAAAGUGGCCCUCUUAUUAGGGGGGUUACACAUGUCCCUAGUCUGAAUUUAAAAACCUGUCGUUUUGCGUAUGGAGAAGGAAGGCAUGUCGCUGUAUUGUGUUUGCGCUUUUCUCUGUCUCAGUUUUAACCCAUCUUUGCCAUUUAUGCUAUCUUAUGUUGCUGUUUUAAGGACCAGAUGUUGCUUGCUGGAAUUUUACCCUAACAGGGCCUCUAUAAAGUGCUUAAGCACUGUGUUUGCAUAAUCUAUUUCCAAGUGUUUUGAUUCUGAAGGCAGUGUAGCAGUGAAAUUAAUGGUAAGCUACUCUGGCACUCUCUCCUUUUAGUGUUACCAGAAAUUACCUAGACUGGUUAACCAGCAUUCCCUGGGGUAUUCACAGUAAAGAGAAUUUUGAUAUCAGUCAAGCUAGACAAGUGCUUGAUGAAGAUCAUUACGGUUUACAAGAUAUUAAAGACAGGAUACUGGUAAGAUCAGGCAAAUUAAUGUUACAUUAUGUUCAAGUUGAAAUUGCAAGUGAAACACUUUAACCCUGCUCCAUUUUUUAUGUACAUGUAUUGGCAGUUAGGGUGACAGUGUUAUGGUCCUUCUUAAAAAAAUUAUUUGUAAAUUAAUGUCAAUUAAAAAUAGUUAACAAGUAAACUAAUUUCAGUUCUGCAGAGAUACAAAAUAACAGUCUGUCAGCAGAAAAUGGCUGACUAAACAUUGUCCCACAUCUGAAAACAAUCGUACCUAUAGUCGAAAAAAAUGAUCAGACAGAUCAAAUAAAUGAUAUAAAGGAUAUCAUUUUUUAUGGAAGAUUUGAUUUGCAUAUAAAGAAAAUUAAUUGAAAGCCAGCAUAAUUUGUGCCAUAAUUAUGAGAAAUGGUGACUUAGUAGGACAUAUGCCCUGUCUGAAAAAAAAAAAAACCUAUUUUCAGGCCUGGCCCUGUCAUUAAGUAAACUGAUGUUUUCAACUGUUUGAAUAGCUGUUUGUUUCAGUAACAUUUCAAAUGCUUAUUGGCCCCAAGGCAUGGGCAAAUAAAGUGAAAGAAAUGUAUUAUUCAUCCCUCAAUCUGAAUGUGCAUGAUUUCUUUUGUUUUGUAUCCCAAGCUUCAGAGCCUAGAAAGAAUUUUAUAAUGUUGAAAUUGGUCCAUUCAUGUUGUAGGAGUUUAUUGCAGUGAGCCAGCUAAAUGCAACUGUUCAGGGUAAAAUCCUCUGCUUUACAGGCCCUCCAGGUUAGUAACAUAUAUCCAUCUGUCAAUAGUGACCCAACAAGGGAUGCUUACAGUGGUGUACCCAUGGGGGGGAGGAGGGGUCAAGGGCUUCUGGAACCUUCUCCCACCCCCAUCCUGUCUUUUCACUUGGUUUAAAUCAGCCAUAGUUGAGGUCUUGAUAUGUCAGUAGUUUGAGCAGUGGUUUAACAAGGGUUUGUUUGCCAACAAUGGGUACAUGAGCUUGCAUUUGGAAUGAGUAUUCAGUCCUAAGGUGGUGUCUAAGUAAUGAGUUUGUCAUGUUUUGUUUAACAUCACAAGCGAUAUUUGCACUAUGGCAUCAUUUUGCUGGUUUGAGUGCCGAUUUACACAUUUGUAACCUACCUCCCUUGCAAAAAAGCUUGGUAUAUACAUGUGGUUGGCUUUUUUGUUGGUACAAUGUGGCAGUAGAAGACUAUGUGUCAGACCACUCUAAGCUAUUUCUCUCUAUGGCUUUUAGGCGUAGGAAAAACAAGUAUUGCCAGGUCUAUAGCAAGAGCCCUAAACAGACAGGUAUAUAUAAAGAGUUUAUUUUACUUCUGCCCUGUAAACAUAUUAGGUAGAUAAUAUUGUGCUGUUUAUAGUUAUGUGUUUUAGUCUUAGUGCAUCCAAUUCAUAUUAUAUGGCAACAAUGAAUUAUCCUAGAAUAACUUUAAUGUUGAAAAUGGGCUUAUCAAUAAUACACAGUUAUGUGGGUACAAUGAUAUGAUAGGGCCAUUUAUACUAGAAAAAAUAAGACCCGUCUUACAUAAGAAGCGAACUUUCCGUAUAAAUGGCAUAUUUCGUCUAAAAUAAGACACGACUUAGCUAAGACGUGUCUUAUUUUAGAACAGCCUUAACACCUGUUCUUAGAUAAGACAUGUCUUAGCUAAAUUUCCGAAAAAAUGUGCUGUUUAUACCGGAUAGUUUGUGUCUUCAUCUUAUGUAAGAUGUGUCUUUGUUAUUUUCCCUCGUGUAAAUGGCCCUAAUGUUUGUCUUCAAUUUUAAAAAGUAUUUUAGGUUCAGUGUUGGUGGUAUGACAGAUGUAGCUGAGAUCAAGGGACACAGGUUUGUUUGGAAUACAUUCUUUACUUUUUGAUCCAUUCAGUUUUUUCUAGUUGUAGGUAUGUCAAAUUACUAAAUAAGCCUUGGAAGAAAGAUAUUGUCUAUGGCUAUUGAAAAUUUGUGGUGAAAGAAACAAACAUUUUAUUUACUUUUUGUCUUUUUGUACUCACUUAUUUCUUUAGGAGGACCUACAUUGGAGCAAUGCCUGGCAAAAUAAUCCAAUGUCUAAAAAAGACCAGAACGGAAAAUCCUCUGAUACUUAUUGAUGAGGUAAGGCCUCAAAGCGUUCAAAAAUGAGAUGUUAUAUCACCGCUUGAGAUGUGUUUUUGUCUUUCCUGAGAGAUAGUUAGAUGUUCCUUGAAUUCGCAGCUUAAAGGGGCUAAUGUCAUAAGGAUAUGGCUCACAGUGCAUUUUUAGGUCAAUUCUGUGUCCCAUUGCUUAGUACCUUUCACAAAAUGCUUGACCUGUAGAGUUACGAAGAAGAUUUCAAACAAACUUCAUCAGAGAGCACUCACCAUCAUAAUUUUCUACUGAUUUUUUCAGGCAGAGAAUUAAAACUUGAAAAAGUUGGCCCAACUUUUCAGGUUUCAGCCCAUGUGACGUGUAGCCCCUUUAAGAUAGUUGUUUAUUAUAUAGACAUGAGUGUUUUACUGGAAAAUAUACCACUCGUAAAAUUCAGGAAAACUACAUCCAGGACCCGAGUGGUUUAUUUUCCAUAAUCUCACACGUGAGUUUAUCGAUGACGUAAUUUCGGUCAUUUCCCUCUAUUACUUUAUUGAUGUCUUUUUGUCUAUGUAAUAAAAAGAACAUUACAUGGCGGCUUGAAGAUAUGAAUUUUAUUUUUUCGUGGCGAAAAAAAAGUAUUUUUCUCACUCGCUGCGCUCAUUCGUAAAAUAUUGUUUUGCCACUCGAAAAUAAAAUUAAUAUCUUCGCGCGACCGUGUAAUAUCCUCUAUUUAUUGUAUCUUUUAGGUUGAUAAAAUAGGGCGUGGUGUUCAAGGAGAUCCUGCUUCAGCUCUGCUGGAACUUCUUGAUCCUGAGCAGAAUUCAGGCUUCUUGGAUCAUUAUUUAGAUGUACCUGUGGAUCUCUCUAAGGUAAUGAACAAGGAAUGAAAGGAUAAUAUUUUCUUUAUUAUUUUUCACACAAAGGGUAAACCGUUUUUAAAAAAACUUCAGCCAAAGACAAGCAAAACCAACCUGAUGAAAUUAAUAACUGUUGUUUUCACAUGAAAGCCAAAUGAAUAAAUGAAAAACGUCUAGUAAAAGUUUUUGGUUGAUCAUUGUGGCAGAUAAAAUAAUAAUAAAGAGCACUGUCAUUUUCUCCAAAAGCACGAGGAAGAAGCUGUACUAGCUACAGCCGACCGUUGUGUGAUGUAUUGUCUUACGUUAUAUUUUGACCUCAUCACGUGAAGAAGACUGCCCUAUAAGAACUCAAACCACACUGAAAACACAGAAAGCAUCACCAUCUACAUCUGAGUAACUACAUUGCAUGAAACAAAUGAAAAUUAAUCUCAUUACCAGUAGUUAGCACAAUAAAGUGCACUUGAGAUUCCAUUUCACGUGUAGCCUGCGUAGCAUGGCGGUUUUGUCGAGCCGGGCGCACGAGCGGCGUAGCCGGGAAAUUCGUGCGCGAAGCGCGAGAGAACGAGCGGCGAAGCUGCGAGAAAAAGUUGCUCCCGCCCCAAUCUCCUCGCGGUUUCUCUGCCCUCACCCGCCUUUAUUACUUAGCGCGCCCAACCAAAACCGCCAUGCUACGCAGGCUAUUUCACGUGUGAUAUCAGGACAACGGAGAACAUUUUGUGAUAUAUCACAUGGUUUUGAAGGAACGAAAACAAUUUGUGAUAACACGUGGUUUUUACGUAAAAACGAGGUUAUGUAAUUAACGUACGCCUCAGAAAAAAAAUGUCUCCAUUCUCGAUUUCGUCCUCAUAACAAAAUUAUGAAGUGGUUGCAAUUAAUAAAUGGUGGAUCAAUCGGCCAUUGGGACGAUGGCGUAUUCUUACAGCUAUGACCUUGAAUUCAUUUUGUUUUUUUUCUUUUCAUAUUUACAUUAAUUUUGGUAGUCCCAGUGAGGUUUAAUUAACAAAAGCCCGAAUUUGCACAAGAAAGCAAUACCCCGAAGGAUUUUGUUGGUAUAGUUGUAAAAUGACGUCAUCGUGCAAAUGGCCUAUUUUCAAGAUAUUUUGAAUUGGGGAAAUUACUACUCCGUUACCCUCCUCUCGGUGUUAACCUUAUUUUCUUAAGUAACGUGAACGCUGCCAAUGUAUUUUCCUCACAGGUGUUGUUUAUAUGUACAGCCAAUAUUACAGACACCAUUCCUGGUGCCUUGAAGGACAGAAUGGAAAUAAUAAAUGUGUCUGGGUACGUGGAAGACGAGAAGAAGGCCAUUGCCAAGGUCAGUCAGUGUUCUUUAGCUUUUGGUAGCCUCCUAUGCAUAAAUCAGAGGUACAGUGUAAUGACCGAACAAAAUUUGGCUAGAGUUAAGAAUAUUGUGUUAGAUCCAAUACUUUACACCAGUUGGUUCAGGGAGAUCAUUACAAAAUGGCAUCUCUUUUUGGGAACAAAACGUUAGUACAGAGGUAUGUUAUCCACCAUGCUUGUCUAAAUAUCCUAUAUGGUUUCUGCCAUCUUGGAAUACAGUUUUAAUAGCAGCCUAGGGAGGUAUCUCGACAUCCAAGAGCUCGACCGAAAGUUUGGCAGGAGAUUGAAUACUUGAGACGUCCUGAAGACAAGGAUGUUGUUCUAGGUUUCUCUCUUUUCCGCAACUCUCUUUAUUAACUGGCUAAUUUUCUCAUGCCCUUUCCAUCUCUGAUAUUGUUUAAGUUAUAUCGAUCCCAUAAUUUUUUCAUAAAGUAAAUGACUGCGAGCUGUAAAUAAGGGACUAUCAUAAACUUCCGCUUUUAAAUCCCCCUGGUAAUAGGCCCAUCAACUUGCAAACAAAAAAAUACAUCCGAUUAUUAGUCCCCCUCCUCCCUCGGACAUGGGCCCCCUCUGGUUUUUCUUGUUUUGAGAGACAUGAAAUCGAUUCAUUAGGAUAAUUUGAAGCUAAAUUAAAAACCAGUAAAAACAAAACGUAUUUUUAUCAGCACUGCUAUAACUUGUUUCGGGGGGCUUUUUCUUUUCCGGUUAAAAGCCCCCUCGGACAUUAGCUCCCCCCCCCCCACACCUAAAACCCCUUACGAAAAUGUGUGAGCUUACAGGGCAUAUAAACGGCAGUUUAUGGUAUCCCAGGGAAUGGGUUCCUUGUUAUCCACAUACAGUUGGCCUUAAAGGUACUACUCGAUCCUCCUUUAUAUGGGUUGGCAUCCAGAAGAGAAAGUCUGAGUCAAGCUUGUUUUUUUUAAUCUUUUUAGUGCCCCCAUAAAUAUUUGAGAAAUGACUUUGCUCUCUCACUUUCAUUAGACUUAUCUUAUUCCACAAGCAAGAAAGAGUGCGGGGAUAACAGAGGAACAAGUGAUGAUACAAGAUCCUUCACUCGCACUACUCAUCAAAUCAUAUUGCCGGGAAAAUGGAGUCCGGAAUCUACAAAAACAUAUAGAAAAGGUAAUAUACAAAAACCUAGACUACGAAAAGAAUGCGGAAACUUCGGACUAGUCUUUGUUCUGGCCAUUAAAUAACAGGGGAUCGUGAGGAAGGGAAAAAGGGAAGAGGAUGUGGGAGGGGAUGGCAAGUACUCCAUUUCCUUUUCUUGUUCGCACUUUUCUACCCCACCCCCCCCACCUUCCCCCACCCCCCCCCCUGCCCCCCUUCCCUUUCACUCCGGCCUCAGCACCACCCACCGUUUUUGUGCCUGCCGUGCAGGCUAGAAAACAGACAAGUGUGGACUCUCUUCCAAACUCCAUUUCAUGUUUGCGUUCAUAGAUAUUCCGUAAAGCUGCCCUUAAAAUAGUGCAGGGUGCAGAAGGAGCGGUAGAAGUUACAACAGAUAACCUUCAGGAAUAUGUUGGCAAACCAUUAUUUAACACGGACAAAAUAUAUGAUCAAACCCCGCCCGGGGUCGUGAUGGGACUUGCCUGGACUUCACUAGGUAGGUGACCACUCCUCGUUGCCUCUUUUAACCACGCUACAUGUAGCUUUUGCUUAUCUUUAAGUUGCACAAAUGGUUUAAUUAUAACUACUUGCACCACAAUUGCAUAUUUUGUUGAUAUCACUGACUCAAAAAUAAUUGAAACGAAUGAGACAACUUUUGAAUGCGUCCUCGACAGACGGACUGACUGACAAUAAUAUAUAGCAGGUAUCAUCAUCAUCGUCACUUUUACUGGUUAACCUUUUAGAAGUGGGCUAUAAUCUUAAGACUGAUAGUGUUUACUGACAAGUUCGAUCAAUGCUUAUAUCGAUGUCAAAAUGCUAGUGCGAUCGUUCUUUUUAAGAACGUUCUACCUUGACUUACUGACUUACUAGGGACCUUAAGCAAGGACGAGGACGACGGCAGUGAAAACGUCGGUGAAAAAAAUGAAUUUACGUUCUUUCAAACUUAAUCGCGUCUAUUUGGACCCGCUCAAUAUGUCAAAUACAGGCGACUUUUCCUGGAGUUAAAUUCUUAAGAAUUUUAUUCAGGUUCAAAAAGGUGAACGAAAAUUCGUCGUCGUAUAUCCACGUCCUCCAUAAAUCAUCAAAUUAGGAGGUUUCACGUCGUAGUCGUGCAGUGGACGUCAAAGAAAUGUACUAAAAGGCGUGAUGCACGUGCAGAGCUGUUGUUUUGAUCAUUAAACCUAUUUGUUUUUUUGAAGUCGUCGUUGUGGUCGUCAUCUUAGUUGCUUAAGCUCCCUACUGACAGACCGAGUGUCUAACUGACUGAGUGACUGGCUGACUGACAAGUCAGCUGACUGGUAUCUGUUUGUCUGACCCCGGGGGGCUCCGCCCGAGCGGGGAACCUUUUUUAGGCUUUAGGCAUAUGAAAUGAUAGGGAUUUUAAUAUUUGAAGUACAUUAAAGGGUAGGGAAAUCUGUCAUUUCCACAUGUAAAAAGUCCCAAAGGGGCUGCAUUUUAUGGCUCUAAAAAGCCGAGGAAACAAUCUAGUUUUGUGAUUUAUUCAUAUUUUUAAGGCUGCAUUUAUAGCAGUUAAAAGGGUUGCAAAGGUCUGAACUAGGUAUGUGAAAGGGGUACCAUUUGUUUAUAGAAGGUAUGCGAAAGGGGUACCUUUUCUGUCUACAAUCAUAUGUAAAAGGGUAAGGGGUUGGACUUCGGGACGAAACCUGCCAGUAGAAAACUUUUUUGAGUACUGCCUCCCGGGUUUCUGAUUGACUGACAGACAGACUGACCGAGUGGCUGUCCUGGCCCCAGUUGUUCGAAACAUGGAUAACGCUAUCCACAGGAUAAAUCACUAUCCAGUGGAUAGUGCAAUUGGUUUCCGUAAUGUUUAUCCGCAGGAUAGUGAUUUAUCCGGUGGAUAGCGCUAUCCAACGUUUGAACAACCGCGCCUUGACCCAGUGCCUGGUUGGCUGGUUGACUGAAUGACGAACUGAUAUAGACUGCAAAACAGUCCGUAUUUUUGCGUAUUCAAGUACGCGCGAGCAGUCGAACAACAGGUCUGGAACGAGGCUGAAAACAGAGAGCGAGACUGGGGCGUGUGAGACUCGCACGCGAAGACUCUUACGCCACACUUUACCGAUUUCUUUACUGAUUUUGAGAAAAAAACCGACUGUUUUGCAGUCUAGAACUGAUAUGGCUGGCCUACUAAGUUACUGUCUUCAGCUGGCUCACUCACGGACUGAUGAUCAUUGGAGUGACCUUCUCAUCACACAUUCUCUAUAGCUAAAUCCUCAAGUCACUUUUUCCUUUUGUAAAUAAUCAAUAUGUUUUUCCUGUAUCUACAGGUGGCUCCACCCUUUAUAUCGAAACAACACUUAAAGAAGCUUUGUCAAGUAAUGAGAAAGAUGCUAGGCCGUCUCUGGAUGUUACAGGCCAGCUAGGGGACGUGAUGAAGGAGAGCUCGAGUAUAGCUUAUACAUUCGCUAAGGUUCGAAUUUCUAUAUACAGGUAUUAGAAACGCGCAGUGUACCGAUAAUUUUCAUUGAGGCGUACUGUAUGCUCGUUGAUAAUUGUUACAAAUCUUUGGGCAUUUAUUUUGUGCAUUAUGUUCUGUGUUUGUGUUUAUUUUAAACUGUUUUGCCUUUUAAAAACUCUUGCAUCAAGAUAAAAACAAGCUUGGAGCAGCACUUCUAUGCCAAUAUUAUGGAACCUCUAGUUCUUAGUAAAAUUUUGAGUUUUUGAAUGGCUGUGUGUCGUUCAAUACAGGCCCGACACUAAACUUGAGAAUGUUGCUGAUUUCAAUGUGCUCAUUCUGACUACCGUAAAUGGGUCUCGUGUUGUUUAUCCCAUAAUAAACGGACUCGUACCCAGCCCCUCUCGGUUUGAAACUAGGCAAUGAGUUUUCAUCAACAGUGGGUCUCGCAAGUAAGAUAAUCUCGGCAAUGUUUUUUGUCCAAAGAAGCAGUCGAUUUUUUGUCGUUACUAAUUUAACUCGAUUGUGAAAACCGAAGAAUAAAGCAAAAAAGUAUCGAUAUUGUGUCUGUAGGUGGAAUCCUAAAGGGUAGCCACUCAAAUGACAAUUUGACGGUUUAAUUUCCUUCAGGGCUUUUUGAGCAGAGAAGACUCUAACAACGACUUCUUUAAGCGUGCUUCUAUUCAUCUUCAUGUUCCAGAGGUGAGGAAAGCCAUGCUGUACCAACUCUGCUUGUACUUUAUUGUUGUUUUACAAAUUCCACGCGUUUUUCGCUUGACUUUUUACUGUAACCUGUUUACCGCAGCCAGUUGCAAGAUGCCCAGAAAGCAAAAGGACCAACUAGUACUCACACGCCACUGGCCCUUUGCUCGGGAAACUCAUGCAUACUUUGUUCUGAUUGGUUGAGAAAGCGGCGCAAGUUUUUAAUAGCCAAUCACAAAGCGCGGCAACGCAAAGCACGUAGUAUGCCAUUUCCGAAUCGCACUAAGCCUUUGUUGCCAAACGAAGCUAAGUGCGCAGUUUUCUAUAAAAAUGAUUCCUUAAGAAAAUUGAAUUCUUUGGAUACCGAAAUGAAAGGUUUUCCACCAAGCCUUGCUUUGAACGUGGGGAGUGUUUAGAACUCAGGAAUUUAUUAUUUCAUUCGACGCUCUUUAUUUAUUGUUUGCUGGUAGGGAGCUACCCCAAAAGACGGUCCUUCCGCUGGCUGCACCAUCAUCACAGCGCUCCUGUCGCUGGCGACAAACAAACCUGUCAGACAGAAUGUAGCCAUGACAGGAGAAGUCUCGCUCACUGGAAAGGUACUUUGUUCUUUGGUAAUUAUAAUAUCACCAUGUCAGCAGAGCCUUUCUUUCGCUUCCUGAAUUUUGGCGUACUUUGCAUGAAUCGAGUAAGAUCUUUGUUGAGCAUACGUGGCAUGUUGCUAGGAUACAUUUUCGAACCCAUGCAGGUGUAAUAGCCGUGUGCUUGCUACAACAGGCUCAGUUAUGAUAAUCGAUUUAUCAUUAGGCGAAUGCUCGCACUCGGAAAAACCAGUUUGACGAGAGAAAACACGACUAGUCCGGAAGUUCAUGCUGCGGCGACCUCAAAGGCAGUUUGACGCGAUUAAGACAGAACCUCCUUUUCUCCUCCUCACUCAAGAUCAAGAAGACAAAAAGAGGCUCAUCUCACAGGGUUUUGUAAUAUAUAGCUGAUAUUUUACCUUCCAUCAGGGUAAAUUGUAAUUAAUUCUGAACUAAGGUUUGCUUGCUCUCAAUCACGUAUAGUGGAACCCGGUUAAUAUAUGGACGCUAAAAAAAGAUGUCAUAGUAUCCGUAUUAACCGGGUGUCCGUAUUAAGCGGGCUGUCCGAAAAAACGUCAAUUUGUGUAUCAAUUCGAAGACGAAAGCAGACAUUUUUCCGAGAAAACGUUGUUUAAUUUCUAAACUGUGACUGUAACAAGUUCAGCGUAAAGAAACUCACGAUUUUUUUAUUAUUGACUAGGAGUAAAAUUACCUUUUGAAACACGACAAUGGAAUCUGCAACUGUUCUUGGUGCUGACAGUUCUAGUUUGCGACUCUUGUCAACUAGGCGGACUGAAUAUUAGACAGAAUCUUUGAACGGUCACUCGCCGUUUCUGUUAGGUUUUCACGAGCAAGUUAUUCGAUGAUAGACAGUGCUCAGAUAAACAGUGUCCGUAAUGCGGGGUUGACGAUGCCGGGAAGUUUGUAUCUCGGGACAUUGGGAAAUGUCCGGUGUCCGUAUUAAGCGGGUUAAUUUUAGAGAAUGUAUAUGAGCUUUUUGUUGGAACAAACGAAGCUGUCCGUUAUAUACGGGUGUCCGGAAAGCGGAGUUCCACUGUACUCUAAACGAGGUUGCUAUCAUUGUCCACGGCUGAGAACCAAGGACGUGAUUAAUGAAUGCACAUGGCUGUCUUCUAUCCAUAGGUACUUCCCGUUGGAGGGAUAAAAGAAAAGACAAUUGCGGUGAGUGUUACUAUAAAUUGGAUCAAUUUUACAGGAGACGUGUGGCCUGUCACUAUCCGAAUCUGAGGGUACUGUUCCCAAAAACUGUGAGAUGUUCAAGUGAAACAAUGUUUCUAGAGCUAGAGGAGUAUGGUUUACUAUGAAAGUUUAACCCUAGGUAGCCCCUGAGUUUCCUUGAAGAAAUGAGCCUAGAACAGGCAUUUUCUCUUGUUUUGGUUGCCGAGUGAAGCCUAUAAAAACUAGGGGUCUCGUUCUGCGGCUUUCUCAGCGAGUUAACUGCUCGCGGUAGAGUCCAGGCUUAAAACAAGCGCUCAUUACCCAAAUUAACGCUACUCAAAAAUCAGUUUUCUUGAAAGAAGGGAAAACUCACAGUUAUCAUUUUCCCUGUGCACUUCUUUUAGCUGGGUGUAAUUUUUUUUCCAUGUGAUUAUAACUACCAUUCCAUUUCUUACUGUCUGUUGUAGGCUCGCCGAGCGGAUGUAAGCUGUGUUAUUCUCCCUGAGGGAAAUCGAAAAGACUUUGCCGACGUGCCGGAGUUUGUAAAAGAAGGACUUGAAGUUCAUUUUGUGUCCCAUUACGAUGAGGCUUACAAAAUUGCCUUUGAUUCUUGACAUCGGGGUAGUGUCUUUGCGAAUGGGAUAGAUAUUUCACAGCCUGGGAUAGAAGUAAAAAAGGCCUCCUAUACAACUGUUUUUGUAUUUAUAGGUAUCGGUAUCUGCUACAAACUGGAAUGGAUGUAUUGAUAUCAGACAGGCUCGCAAUGGCCGGCCAUUCUUAUAGAGCUUCGAGCUUUCUUUUGAUGGCUUUCCUCAAAUUUUGUAACAAGGAUUUAGCCUACGCUAGCAAGAUUGCAAAGAGGUGGGUGGGCUAGGGACCGGGUUCGGAAAAACACCCUCCCCCUUGCAACCCCAGCCCCCGGGGCUGUGGGAGAUUAAAGCCUGUAUAAAUUUCUUUACUGUUCGUACAGACGUUUUCACCGCUUUCUCCUGCUCUUCGUCGGAAGGCCUAUAAUUCAGUGGCUGGUUUUUCUGUACUCGUGAUUGAAAGCUGUCGGAUGAAAACUACAAUCAUACGACCGUGAAGUUUUCAGAGAAACGGAAUAGUCACAGCUAAUUAAUUAGAUUAUACAUCAUAAUAAUAGAAUUUUUUCCCCUCAGGUAAAUGGCGUAUUCGUUUGUUGUUCGUGCCUGUGCCACUCGUAUUAAAACAUAGGCACGUUUAACGUGCAUGAGCUAUUUUGAAUGCUUCAGUGUAACCGUACCAGGAAUCUACCUUUUUCUGCCUAAAUUUAGACUUUUUUGGUGCGAGAUUGGGUGCUGCUGCACAUGAACAUGGUGAAAGUAAUAACUUUGCGCUCUACUAUCUGAACACCUGGAACAGGUUAAGCGGCAGAUAAAGCAAAAUGUUACUCACAGCUGAGUCGAUCCUCACCCUAGAAUCACAUUUCUUGAGACUAUUCUUGAAGUUGUCAUCGAAGAUUCCAGUGACUUUUGAAAAUAAACCUCUAAUAGUUAGAGCAAUCUAGAAAUUCUUUGGAUUGAAAUCCCCCAUUAGCAUCCAUAACCGAUUGGGUAGUGACAUUUAGAGUUAAAAAACAAC